AUGGCGAGGGAGACUCCCGCCCCCGAAUCUACCAUCCCUCGUCUCCUUCGGCUCCACGCCGCCAACGACUCGUCUUUCGCUGCCCCCUCGUUACCCACACCCUUCAAGCUCGACGAGGGCUACUCCGAUGAGACCAAGAGUCAAGCAGACAAGGAUUUUCUUCUAAACUCGCCCGCGAACGAUGUGAUGAAUCUCCCGGACUGGCUUCUUGCUACGAGCGAGGCGGAGAAAGCUGAGUUCGCCUACAGCCUCCUACGGUCCAUGAGUACCUCCACCGUAGCCGCCUUGGUCGACCGACUCGCGCCUCUGCUACACAUGGACCCCGUUCUCAAGCUUCCGCCCGAAAUCACCUCCGAUAUAUUCUCCUACCUGGAUCCGCACACGUUAGCAACGGCUUCGUUGGCAUCCCGCGCCUGGCGCAACCGCAUCGCUGAUUCGCGCCUAUGGCGAGGUCUCUACAUUCGAGAAGGCUGGCGUGUCGACGUCGACGCCGUGCGCAGAUUUGAAGAGGAAAAUUCCGGUCUACUAUCUCCCCAAAGUCGCAAGUCUCGAUCAAGAUAUACAGACGCGGACCUGGGAGAACCAAAACAAAAGAAGCGGGUACCACCAAGCUGGCUGAACUCUCGGGAAAACUCAUCUUUGGAGGCCCACGAAGUCACGCAGGCGAAUGGACCGCCCGCCCCCGUGGAGGCUGACCCCGAAGGGGAUCAUCUCAUGAGUGAUGCCUCAAACCAGCGGAGCAGGUCGGAAUCCGGGAGGCAAUCUUUGGUGGACUGCAGUAGCAGCCACAGGUCUUCCUUGGAGGCCGCCUCAACCAGGGCGGCAGGGCAGAUUUCUAUUCCUGCUAGGGUUUCCCUGACAUCCUCUCUCUUCUUCAGAAUGCCUAACGGGUCGGUGAAACUGAACUGGAUUUAUCUGUACAAGCAACGCCGACGGUUGGAAGAGCGGUGGGAUAAAGGUUGCUACAGCACAUUUCAGCUUCCGCAUCCGUCUCACAUGGAUGAAUGCCAUCAGGAGUGUGUGUAUUCGAUUCAAUUUUGGGGCAAGUGGCUGGUGAGCGGCAGUCGAGACAGGAGUGUGCGGGUAUGGGAUUUAGACACCAAAAGGCUAUGCCAUCCCCCCCUGUUGGGCCACUCGAAAUCGGUGCUUUGUCUGCAGUUCGACCCUCGUCCGUCUGAGGACAUCAUCAUUUCCGGGAGUAGCGACAAGAGCGUCAUCAUCUGGCGAUUCUCGACGGGCGAUAAAAUCCAUCAAAUUGUGGACGCCCACGAUGACUCCGUCCUGAAUCUGCGAUACGACUCACGCUAUCUAGUCACCUGCUCUAAGGAUAAACUGAUCAAGGUAUGGAGUAGACGCCAGCUGACGCCGGCCGAUCAAGAAUAUCCAAGUAUUCGCCAUGGCGCCGGAGUUAACUAUCCCUCAUAUAUAAUCGACACCGCCGAAAUGCCAUCACCCGUCCUUGAAGCAGAGAUUGCUCGGAAUCACAAUCUGACUCUGGCGCCCUAUACCCUUCUCAUGUCGAUGGAGGGUCACGGCGCCGCCGUCAACGCCAUCCAGAUCCACGAAGAUGAAAUCGUGUCCGCCUCAGGUGACCGAUUAAUCAAGAUCUGGAACAUCCGCACCGGCGCCUGCGAAAAGACGAUCAUCAGCCACGAGAAAGGCAUUGCAUGCGUGCAAUCCGACAGCCGACGCAUCAUCAGCGGGAGCAACGACAACACGGUCCGCAUUUUUGAUCACAUCUCCGGCGCAGAAGUUGCUUGUCUCCGAGGCCACCGCAAUCUCGUCCGUACUGUCCAGGCCGAGUUUGGUGAUCCCCCGGGCGCCGAAGAAACCAUGAGGCUUGAAGCGUUGGCCGUCGACAACGAAUUCUGGAAUGCCCAGCGCACCAGUGCGGCUGUCGGGCUCGGCCCCAGCGCUUUGCGAAGGUCAGGCCAUCUCCAGAAUACCGCCGGAUCGCGAGAUCCUCGGGAUAUCAAGGCCUUGGGGGCUCGAAUCCCCCCUGGCGGAGGUGGAAGUCGAUGGGCCCGUAUCGUCUCAGGCUCGUAUGACGAGUCCGUCGUCAUCUGGAAGAAAGAUAGUCAAGGGAAAUGGGUCGUAGGCUUAGAACUCAAACAAGCCGACUGCGCGCAAGAAGCGUCCUCGGUAAACGGGAGCUCAACGACCCGAAACCGUCACCCCCGAGGCCAUCCUCUCGCUCAUCCACAAGGUGGCCCUCAUCAUGCGCCACCGAUGCCAAACCCGGCCCACGGGCCUCAUUUCAACCAUUUUGUCCCACCCUUCCAUCCUCACAAUCACCCUCCUCGACCGAUGCAACCCGUGCCCCAGCCCGUCUCCCGCGUCUACAAACUCCAAUUCGACUGUCGAAAAAUCAUCUGCUCCAGCCACGACCCUCGAAUCGUGGGGUGGGACUUUGUAGGUGACGAUCCGGAACUUAACGAAGCGUGUCAGUUUUUCAGCGGUUUAUGA